AGAGGCGGGAAUUAGUGAGGUGUGAAUUGCGUCACAGGAUCGCGCCCGCCCUUAGUUCCCGUGGGACCGGCCGCAAGAGGGGAAAAAGGAAGAUGUGGUGCUUCUCCCGGUUUUCCUAAGAGCAUCCUCUCCGCCUUUCCUUUCAAGCGACCUGAAGCCGGACUUCCUCAUGCCUCCGCUGUGAGCUAGGAAAGGAAGCGGCGGAUUGGGUUAUCCCUUGUCACUACCACCCUCGGGGCCAGCGCUAUGGGUAACACCGUGACCUGUUGCGUGUCUCCGGACGCUAGCCCUAAAACAGGCCGGGCCCGAGGAGGGGUAGAGCGGGCUGAUCCGUAUCAGGUGGAAGUGGAGCUGGGGGAAGCGGAGCCCGGACCUCACUUGCAGCAUAUCAGUGACCGAGAGUUACCGGAUGAUUUGGCACCAGAGUCAAAUCCUUCUGACCAUCCGCGAGCAAGCACAAUAUUUCUCAGCAAGUCGCAGACUGAUGUACGAGAAAAGAGGAAGAGCAACCAUAUAAAUCAUGUAUCUCCUGGGCAACUUACAAAGAAGUACAGCUCAUGUUCAACAAUAUUUCUAGACGACAGCACAGUCAGCCAACCCAACCUUAGAAGCACAAUAAAAUGCGUUACUCUAGCAAUAUAUUAUCAUAUAAAGAACAGGGACUCGGAUAGAUCGUUGGAUAUAUUUGAUGAAAAAUUACACCCUUUAACGCGUGAAGAGGUGACGGAAGAUUAUUGUAAGCACGACCCAGACCAUAAGCACAUCUACCGGUUUGUGAGGACCCUAUUUAGUGCAGCCCAGCUAACAGCAGAGUGUGCAAUUGUUACGUUGGUUUACUUGGAAAGGCUUUUGACAUAUGCAGAAAUUGACAUUUGCCCCAGUAACUGGAAACGGAUUGUGUUGGGUGCCAUUUUGUUGGCUUCUAAAGUUUGGGAUGAUCAAGCAGUCUGGAACGUCGACUAUUGCCAGAUUCUGAAGGAUAUUACUGUUGAAGACAUGAACGAGAUGGAAAGGCAUUUUCUGGAGCUGUUGCAGUUCAACAUUAACGUCCCUGCCAGUGUUUAUGCCAAAUACUACUUUGACCUUCGAUCCCUAGCAGAUGAUAAUAACCUCAGUUUUCUGCUGGAACCCCUCAGCAAGGAAAGAGCCCAGAAACUAGAGGCUAUCUCCAGGUUGUGUGAAGAUAAGUACAAAGACCUUUCUAAAGUGGCCAUGAGGAGAUCAAUCAGUGCUGAUAAUCUAGUUGGCAUUCGGCGGUCUAAUGCGAUCAUCUCCUGAGUCGAGACGGAACAAGAGCCAGGGCGCAACCAGAACAUCCGCGGUGUGAAACACCAUCAAACUUCCCACACUCUCUCCUAUGUUACCCUGAGCCGGCAGUGAUGCCGUUUUCCAGCAUGAGGGUUGUGGGAAGAAAGGGGUGCACAGGAAGCAAACACAAGGGCACAGGAAGCCCUUCAAGACCAAGGAGCAUACACCAUAAGAA